UUUCCAGAUUUCCAAUGUGACCCGUCCCAAGUCAAGGUACCUGGACAGGGAAAGAACUUUACAUUCAGCAAGAACACAGGAACAACAGCAGCAGCAACAACAACAUCAGAAACAGUUACUGCAAUUGCAGCAGCAGAGGCAGCAGCAGCAGCAACAACGACACCAACAGCAGCAGCAGCAGCAGGAGAAGUCCGUAAUUCCGGUAACUUCCAGCAACGCCAGCGGAACUACGGAAAACGAAACGUCGCUUCUCAAUGGAGAAUUCCACGAAGAGGAAAGCGCGGCAUCGUUCCAGCAGGCGCUGCAACGCUGGCGGUCAGCCGGUCAGUCUGGCAAGAGAAGCAGCCCCUCUCUCACGUCCCCCGUCGAAAAUGCUUCGGAGAAGCCAUGCAUGAAGAACGAAGGUGUGCAAAUUGACAUGAAGAAUAAGAAUCAAUACCAACAGCUAGUGUCACUGUGUACAACAUCAAACACUAAUUUAACCUAUGCCGAACGCAUCAUGCUCAAACAACACAGGCAAAAAACUCCUCAACCAAUCGGUGAUGUCAAGUCUCCUUCCGAAUAUGACCCUCAAGUCGCAAAUCACAACUUGACGACGGGAAGCAACCUCCGCAGUCUGUAGACAAUGUUGAUUCGAGUGGUGAAAGGCAGGACAUCGCUGAUGAGACGGGGCAGGGUCAAACCCCGCAGCUGAGUGGUGGUGGUCAAAACUAUGUCACUGCUGAAGAUGCAAACAUCGUUGAGAACGGAUCUGGUGACACCCAGCAACAUCUACAGUCGACAAAAGAGGAUACUUCUACAGGUAAAGACCAAUGUGCCACUAAGUCACAGUCAAAUGAAGAAGAAGAACAAGAAACAAUUGCAGAGGCUGAAGAAUCUAAGACACAGCAUAAACCAGAAGAGAUGGAGAAUGGUGGAAAUUCUCUUGUAUCAGGAGAAGAGAACCAUGAUGGUGAUGUGGAAUCAGUGUCUUUUACUUCUCUGUACAAAAUGGUAACCCAAGCUGUACCAUCUGCAAACCAGAACAAUGAUGAUAUUGUUGAUGAUCUUCACAGACGAGUACAAGUUGUUCCAUUAUUCAGUUCCAGUCGAGCGUGUUCCAGUUGCAAUUCUUAUUACAGUGGAGAGAGAAGACACUAUUUGAGAAAAAAUGAAGAGAGCGAUGAUGAGAAGGACGAGGGCAAGGGAACCCAUCAGCGACCCCUUUCUGUCCCCAGUGACACAAUGUUUGCAAAAAGAAUUGGUUCAGAAGGGUCAGCUUCUCGGACAGUGAUCCCUUUUAAGGGGCUGUCUUUCAACAGGGAGUCGGACCCCACAAAGAAAGCAUCGUCCAGCAUUGAAGAGCUUAAACAAGACUCUCAACUGCCUGUUUACCAAUUAGGUGACACGAGAAAGGAUUCAGAACAUUCUCUACUUAAUGCUGGAAUCGAUGUCAACGGUCGGAACAAGGACAUCUCAGAUUUGGAUUUGGCGCCAACGGACAGAACCGUAACGACUUCUGGUGAAGAUCCCUCAGAGACAGUGGAAACAGCUAGUGACAUCUUGCAGGAAGCAAGCCCAAAGCCUAACAAAAGUUACUUCAAUGAUUCAGCAGGAAACCAGUUAACUCCGACAGAACAUUCCAGAUCCAACUUAUCAGAACCGAGCCGCGAAACCCCUAACCAGAACAAUGGCAAAACCAGUGGCACUGGAAUCAUCUUAUCAUCCCGGGACUCACCGACUCGGCUAUCGACUGACAUGAUGGGAGAUUUCUCUCCGUCGAAGAUCUGCGACGAUGUAUCCGAUGAUGAUACGUCGACGUCGACAUCAAGUAGUUUGUUUGAUAACGAGGAUAUUGGUUUUACACCUGUGGGUCAACCCAUGGACCAGAAUAAUGGUCGCUCACCUGCGUAUAGUUCCAAGGGGCUUGAUGUUUGUGUCUGUUCGUGUUCGCAGAGUGACAGUGACAAUGAGGAUGACGAUGAAUAUGAUAAUGAUGGUGAUGAUAAUGACAAUGGUGGUGAUGGUAACGAUGGUAGUGGUGGUGGUGGUGGCGGCGUGACACACGUCAAUGCUUUUGCUCCUACAGCCUCAGACAAUGUCGACAAUAUGCUUGGCAGUUUUACUAACUCACCUGUGUUUAAUUAUGGCACACAGAGGAAGUCCAAUACUAACACACCUAACGAGCCUUCUAAUUCACCUAGAUCUGUUCGUUAUACACAUGGCAGUCGUACAAACACACCUGCACAUAAAGAUACAUCUUCCAGACACAUUAAGUCGCCGGGACCUAACAGAGUGAAAUCUAACACACCUGACAGUUAUACAAACAUACCUGGAUUUAACAAGACAUGUACUAGACACGCUGAAGCAUUUAGAUCUGGUACUAAUUCACCUGACAAUGAUGAAAUUACACCUGAAGAUACUAACAACAUACCUAUUAAACCAACAAAAUCACCUAGAUCUUAUCUCAAUACACCUGAUGUGGAUAUAGACACAUCUAGAGAUUAUGAUAAUGAUACACCUGUUAGUCAUGUUAUCUCACCUAGAUUUAAUAUUGUCUCACCUGACAGUGAUAUUAACACUCCUAGAUACAUUGAAUCACCAAUAUCUAAUGCAAGCACACCUGACAGAUCUGAUAGCAGCACACCUGAGCUUUAUCAUACACCUGAUAGAUAUACUAAAUCAUCAGCACCUAAUAACAAUACACUUAAUUGUGAUAUAGACACAACCGGAGAUAAUAACGAUACAUCUACAAGAUGUGUUGAAUCACCGAGAUCUAAUACCAACACACCUGAGAUUGAUAUAAGUAUACCUGGACAUCUUAACAAUGUAUCAACCACUUGUGUAAAAUCAAGAUCUUAUAGUAACACACCUGACAGUGAUAGCAACUCACCUGAUAUUGAUAUAAAGACACUUCAACUUCUAAAUAAUGCAUCAACCAUUUGUAUCAAAUCUUCGCUGUCUGACAUUAACACACCUGAAAAUGGUAGCAACUCACCUGAAAAUGAUAGCAACUCACCUGAAAAUGAUAGCAACACGCCUGGAAUUCUCAACAACAUAACAAGCACCUGUGUCAAAUCAUCACAGUCUAACAUCAACACACCUAAAAGUGACAGCACCUCACCUGAUAUUGAUAUAAACACACCUGGACUUCUUAACAAUGCAUCAACCACUUGUGUGAAAUCAAGAUCUAAUAACAACACAUCUGGAAGUGAUAGCAACUCAACUGAUAUUGAUAUAAACACACCUGGACUUCUAAACAAUGUAUCAACCACUUGUGUGAAAUCAUCACAAUCUAAUAGCAACACACCUGAAAAUGAUAGCAACUCAAAUGAUAUUGAGAUAAACACACCUGGACUUCUUAACAACAUAUCAAACACUUGUGUCAAAUUAUCUAGAUCUGACACCAACACACCUGAAAGUGAUAGUAACGCACCUGAUAUUGAUGUAAAUGUACCUGUACUUCUUAACAACAUAUCGAGCACCUGUGUCAAAUCCCCAAGAUCCAAUGCCAAUACACCUGAAAGUGAUAAAAAUGCACUUAAACUUAAUACUAAUACAGCUCUCUGUCCCACCAAUGACGCUAGAAGCCUUUCGAAUUCAUCAAGCAGUCUUAGUAUCUCACCUGCAAGUUUUACCAAGUCACCCAAGCUUAAGGCUAACUCACCUUCACCUAGAAGCUUUGGUAAGUCUCCAAGACUUGAGACUGACAUUGCUGGAAGCCAUAUCAACACACCUGCAUAUAUAUACAAAGACAUUACCGACCCCUCAGGACGUCUUAGCAACACCCCAAGAAGUGAUGCCAACACACCUGUUGAUGCUACUGACAUUGCUAGGAGCAAUGCCAACACACCUGUUGAUGUUACAAACACCCCUAGAAGCAACAUCGCCACACCUGUUGGUGUUACUGACAUUGCUAGGAGCAAUGCCAACACACCUGUUGAUGUUACAAACACCCCUAGAAGCAACAUCGCCACACCUGUUGGUGUUACAGAGACACCUGAAAGUAAUUUACACCCAGGUGAGAACAUUAUUAAUACCAAACGAUUGAACUGUAAUUCUGAUACAAAUAUGUUGUCCAAGACAGCAGUCAUUACAAACAUGCCAAGGUGUAACUCUCAUACAGGUAUGGCGCAAGAUGCACCUGCUAGACAUACCAAAUCAUCAAGAUAUAAUGCCAGCACACCUGACAGUGAUAAAAUCUCAUUUAGACGAAAUAACGACGCAUUUGCUAGAGACACCAGAUCACCUGUUACAAUUACAUCUAGAAAUAAUUCUCGCACAGAUCUGGUGUCUGACACAGCAUUGAGUACUAACAUAUCUAGAGAUAAUUCUCGCACAGAUAUGGCAUCUGACACACCAAUUGUUACCAAAAUGUCUAGAAAUAAUUCUCGCACAGAUAUGGCAUCUGACACACCAAUUGUUACCAAAAUGUCUAGAAAUAAUUCUCGCACAGAUAUGGUGUCUGACACAGCAGUUGUUACCAAAACAUCUAGAAAUAGUUCUCGCACAGAUAUGGUGUCUGACACACCAGUUGUUACCAAAACAUCUAGAAAUAAAUCUCGCACAGAUAUGGCUUCUGACACAACAGUUGUUAGCAAAACAUCUAGAAAUAAUUCUCGCACAGAUAUGGCUUCUGACACAGCAGUUGUUACCAAAACAUCUAGAAAUAAUUCUCGCACAGAUAUGGCUUCUGACACACCAGUUGUUACCAAAAUGUCUAGAAAUAAUUCUCGCACAGAUCUGGUGUCUGACACAACAUUGAGUGCUAAAACACCUAGAAAUAAUUCUCGCACAGAUAUGGUGUCUGACACAGCAAUUGUUACCAAAGCAUCUAGAAAUAAUUCUUGCACAGACAUGGCUUCUGACACAGCAAUUGUUACCAAAAAAUCUAGAAAUAAUUCUCGCAGAGCUAUAGCAUCUGACACAGCAAUUGUUUCCAAAAUGUCUAGAAAUAAUUCUCACACAGAUCUGGUGUCUGACACAACAUUAAGUGCUAAAACCUCUAGAAAUAAUUCUCGCACGGAUAUUGUAUCUGACACAACAGUUGUUACCAAAACGUCUAGAAAUAAUUCUUGUACAGGCAUGGCAUCUGACACAGCAAUUGUUAUCAAAAAAUCUAGAAAAGAUUCUCACAGAGAUAUGGCAUCUGACACAGCAAUCAUUUCCAAAAUGUCUAGAAAUAAUUCUCACACAGAUAUUGCAUCUGACACAGCGUUGAGUACCAAUACAUCUAGGAAUAAUUCUCGCACAGAUCUGGUUUCUGAGACAGCAAUUGUUAACAAAACCUCUAGAAAUAGUUCUCGCACAGAUAUGGUAUCUGACACAACAAUUAUUGCCAAGACAUCUAGAAGUAAUUCUCGCACAGAUGCGACAUCUGGCACAGUAUUAAAUACCAAAACAUCACAAUCUAAUUCUUGCACUGAUAUGGUGCUGGACAAACCACUAAUUACCGAUGAGCUUGUCAAUAACACCAAAAAGACUAAAUGUUACUCUGAUACGAAUGUAAUUACCAACAAACUAAGAUAUAAUUCCAACCCAGAUGUGACCACCAAGACGUUUGCAAGUAAAUCUUAUACAGAUUGUGUUACUAAUCCAGCAACAGCUGCCAAUAUAGAAAUGGCUCGACCUAUACCAGAUGAUGUAUCGGUCUUUGAGAACAAGACACAGUCACAGACAACAACUGAUAUUUGGAACAAUGGAAACCAAAGUGGAGAUUCUUCGCAAAUGAAAGAUCCAGGUUCAUCGCCAGCCAAAAGUCCCUCGGUAGACCCCAAUAUCCUAAUGUCCCCUGUCUUGCAGGAUGCCAUCGUACAACGAGAAUCACCAGAGAUAUUGGAAAAGAAUCCGAGUCGUGAUCCCAGUGACUCUCAGACUCCUAUGCUGGACAUCCUCAUCAAAGACGACAACAACUUAUUCUUUGAUGAUGAUGAUGAUGAUACAAUGGAUGUAGAGGGUGAUGGCCACCACCACCAACAACAAACAGAUGACUCUGCCGUUUUGGAGAAAUCGGUGAUGUCAGUGGACAAGGAUGAUGAUAGUGAUGGAGACUGUAACACUGACAGUCUGGAGCAGCUGCCGGCGCCGGUCGGGGACGAGCCAUCUUCUUGUGAGCGGUUGCUUGUUGUAGGUGGCAGCAGCCAUCAUCUCAUGGGCGGAGAAACAACGGACGAGACUGGACCACUCGGCACCAACAUCGUGGCCGUGACUGUUGCCUCGCCCGAGGGUGACCAGGGGUCGAAAAGCAAUGGAGCCCAUGACAAUAUUACAACGACCACCACAGCUGAAGAUGCUGACAACACACUGAGAGUGAGCAGCAACACAGAUGUCAACAGCUCCACCUUCUCCAGCGUCACCUCUAUGAGCACCGAUUCUUUGGAAGAUUUACUGGACGCAUGACAUCAUCAAAGAAGUUAGACACUAGGAAGCAUGAUCUACCCCCAGUGAAGUGAAUGACUUCUACCGACUUCACCUGAGUGUGAAGUCGGUAGCAGUGUGGACGGAACCUUGACCAAAACCAACUGCGGAAACUAAGGCAAAGUUAAGACGUGUGUGAUACACAGGAACAAAUUACAAAACAAUAAAAUAACCGUUGUUGUAGUAGUAAGAUUUGAACUUAAGACCUUACUGUUAAUAAACCAGUACCUUUA